AUGUUUGCCGUCCAUGGGAUACCGGUCAUCUUGGAAUCGGACAAUGGUCCAAAAUUUUCCUCCAAAGAGUUUAAAGCGUUUGACAAAAAAUGGGACUUAACUCAUCAGACCUCAAGCCCGAGGUAUCCAAAAUCCAACGGUCUUGGCGAGAGAUUCGUCCAGGUGGAAAAAUCCCUACUUAAUCAGUGCCACGAAGACCAGUCGGAGGUUUAUCUUGCUCUACUCAACUACCGCAACACACCUCGAAGCAACGAUUUGUUAUCGCCCAAUCAACGUUUGAUGAGCCGAAGAACCAGAACAAAUAUACCAUCCAGUGAACAAUCGCUUAAACCUAAGGUUGUACAAAACUUACAACACAACCUUAUUGAAGCCCGGAACAGAAGCAAGUUCUAUGCUGAUAAGGGAAGUCACCAAAAACAACCCUUUCAACCCGGUGAAAAAAUCCGCAUUCAACAACCUAAUCGAAACUGGAUCUCUGGCACUGUUGUAAAACCAGCUAACACACCACGUUCGUAUAUGGUACAAACAGACGAUGGAUCAAUCUAUCGUAGAAACAGCAGCCAUUUGCAUAAGACCAUCAGAGCCACCGUCGUUCCUCAAAAAUAUGUAAUGAUCGAUCCAACAGCUGAUAAGACAACAACAACAAGUUCUACAAGUUAUGUUGAACCAGCUCCAACGAACACCUUAGGGUCUAAACCAUAG